GAAGUGGAACUAGCCUCGGACUAGCAUGCAUAAGAUGUUCGACAGAUAUAGAAUCCAUACCUGUGGACCUAUUAACUGAUAAGUUUUUAAUGACGUGAAAGACCUCAUGGGUCUUAAUUGAGCACACCUCUUCAACAUUGUUCACUUGACAGCGUUCCGUUAGUACACAGUUAAAAAGAUUUUCGUAAUGCUGUUGCCAGAAAGCAGCUAUUGCAUUAGCUCCCGAGAAGCCAUCAAUCGAGCAAGACUGCCAUCACAUGCUUCAAGUUUCAUUGCAGACAUCAAGCCUCAGUCUACAUUGAUUGAUGCUGGGCUGCAAGCCUGCUACUAAGGUCUGUUAAUACUCCAGCAAUGACGGCUACCGUUAGAGGGCGCUAGAGUCAAUGUUUUCAGUGAACCACUGCUCCGGAAGCACUCUCUCUAGACUUAACCGGGACUUGCCGUUCUUUCGUUUUCCCUACUCACCUAACGAGCUCCUUCAAAGUAUUCUCAUCGGGCCAACCCAAUCAAAAACAUCCAGCUAAAGAGUAGAGACGUGGAAGACCAGGUGAGGAAAUCCAGGCCACGACGAGCGACUGAAAAAACACAAGAAAAUGAGGUGUCCCGUGGACGUCAAGAUGAAAACGCUUCGCCCUCAGAAGCACGAUCCCCUCAUCAAUCAGGAGGAGGAGCCAGAGACCUCCAACAUUAAAGAAGAAAAUCAGGAAGAUGAAAUCCCCAAGUCUCCAAUGACUGUCAGUGUGACGAGUGAAGAAGGCGAAGUUCCAAGCAAAGAGAGCGGAGUAGCGAAACCUUCGAGUGACAGCUCAUUUCAACACCUGACAACAAAAGGAGAGGCACGAUCGCAAUCUGACGACGUCACAGUGGAAGACCUUCACCCAGAGAAGCACGAUCCCCACCACGUUGAACAGGAGGAGUCGGAGAUGCCGUACAUUAAACAGGAGGCGGAGCCAGAGACCCCCAGCAUGAAAGAACAGGAAGAUAAAAUCCCCAAGUUUCCAAUGACUCUUAGCAGGAAGAGUGAAGAGGAUGACGGUCCAAGCGAAGAGCGCAGAGCAGCGCAAUUAGCGAGAAGUAACUUGUUUCAACACCUGACAACAAAAGGUGAGGGACGAUGGCAACCGGACGAUCUCUUAGCGCCACUCUCGGACAGCGACGACGUAACAUCACAGUCUUCUGACGAUAUCACCGAUAAGGAGGAUGUUGACUUUGAUGCUUCGAAAUCCUUAAAAAAGUCAUCACUGAAAAGAGACGGAAAAGAACGCGCGGGUGGGAAACCUUUUCCCUGCUCACAUUGCGAUUCAACAUUCAGCACCAAGCAAUAUUUAAUCAUACACACACGCACACACACAGGAGAAAAGCCUUUCGUCUGCACAUUUUGUGGUAAAAGAUUCACCCAGAAGGGAAGUUUAAAUGUACACAAAAGAACACACACUGGAGAGAAGCCUUUCGUCUGCUCUCUUUGCGAUAAAAGAUUUUGUACGAACCAAGAGUUAACAAUACACACGAGUACACACACUGGAGAGAAGCCUUUUAUCUGCACAUUUUGUGGUAAAAGAUACACCCAGGAGGGAAAUUUAAAACGACACGAAAGAACACACGAGCUUAAUUUAACGACACACACAAGAACACAUACUGGAGAGAAGCGCUUUCUUUGUACAUUUUGUGGUAAAAGAUUUUAUACGAAGCAAGCGUUUACAACACACGCGAGUAUACACACAGGAGAAAAGCCUUUUGUCUGCACAUUUUGUGGUAAAGGAUUCACCCAGAAGGGAAAUUUAAAUGUUCACUCAAGAACCCACACUGGAGAGAAGCCUUUCGCCUGCUCUCUUUGCGAUACAAGAUUUCGUGCAAAGCAACAGUUAAUAAGACACACGCACACACACACAGGAGAAAAGCCUUUUUUCUGCACAUUUUGUGGCAAAAGAUUCACCCAGAAGGGAAAUUUAAAAGUACACGAAAGAACACACGAGCUUUAUUUAACGACACACACUAGAACACAUACAAAAGAGAAGCGCUUUCUUUGUACAUUUUGUGGUAAAAGAUUUUGUACGAAGCAAGCGUUUACAACACACGCAAGUAUACACACAGGAGAAAAGCCUUUUGUCUGCACAUUUUGUGGUAAAAGAUUCACCCGGAAGGGAAAUUUAAAUGUACACAAAAGAACACACACUGGAGAGAAACCUUUCGUCUGCUCUCUUUGCGAUAAAAGAUUUUGUACGAAGCAAGAGUUAACAAAACACACGUGGACACACACUGGAUAGAAGCUUUUUGUCUGCACAUUUUGUGGUAAAACGUUCACCCUGGAGGGAAAUUUAAAAGAACACGAAAGAACACACAAGCUUGAUGUAACGACACAUGCAAGAACACACACACGUAUCUAAGUAGUUUGAUUUUGUCAUUGCAUUAUAACAUAUUUAAAUGCUAGUUUUACAUUUGGAGGUGUUAGACGACAACUGAAAACUAUGUAAACUGUUACGCAGAAGGGAACUUUCCCAUGUGGAGUGAAAGUUUCAUGUUUGUGUUAGCAUUUGCACGAAAAAUUGACUUUUACAUGUGAUUUGGGUUUUUCUUUUUUUCACAAGAAUCCUUUUUUUUUCCAGAGAACGUCUAGAUUUCCUUGAUUCACUUACCUGUGGUAAUAUCUAAGAUAACACCAUGUAUAACAUAGUUUGUUCCCAAGUUCUAAAUGGCACAUCCUAGUUUGUUUCGUCGCGUUGACAUAUAAAAACACUGGUGUUUCCCAAAAGGUUUGAGGUCACGACUUUA